AUGUUAUUGACAAGAGAAAAUAUUGAAUUUUAUACUCAAAGAAGAAAACAAUAUUGUAAAGAUUUCUUAAAGCUAACGAACCAAUUUAAACCAAAACUAGAGUUAUUAUAAAAAAAGUUGAUAGCUUCGAAAUAAGCAAUCGAUGGUCCUAAUAAAUUAAUUUCUCAUUAACAAAAAAUAAAAAAAGUCAACAAGGUUUUGGCAUCUCUCUCAAAAUCUAAGGAUGUUCAAUAUAAAAUUGAUAAAGAAAUGAUUCGUUGUUCAUGCCAAUAUAAAUUAAAUGAAGUUCCAAAUUGCAAGUAGAGAAUAUAGUAAAUUUAGUUUCAAUUACUCUUAAACUUGUAAUAAGAUACAAUAAGCCAUGAUACCUUUGAUCUAAAAUCUCUAAAUCGAGAUAAAUGAUAAACAAGUAGAAAUUUUAAGCCAUUAAGAUUGUGCUGACUUGUAUAUAAAAGUAUGUUAAUAUAACUUUAUUAAGAGAGAUGAUUUGUAAAAAAUGAAUCAUAAAUCUAAAAGAUUAUAAUAGAUUAUGAAAAAAUUGCAUAUUAUGGAGUUAAAAUAAGAAGAAAAGGUAUAAAGAGAAAGUAUAAAAAAAUUGGAAAAGAUAGAUUAAACUGAAGAUUAUGAUGAGAAUUUACCAUAUUCUAAAAAAGCAUUGAUGUCUAAAAAGAGAUUAGAAGCUCAAUCUUUAAUGGAGGAAGAGAGGAAAUAAAGAAAAUAAUUUGAGAAUGAAAGAAUUAGAGAAAAUAUUGAAGAAUAGAAAUAAAAAUAUCAAUCUUUAGACAAUAAAAUAAAAACACAUUAUAAAAAAAUGGGUUUAUAAAAGAGAAAAUUAGAAAGUCUGUGUGAUUUUAAAUAAUAUAUAAAUGAUUGUAAAACAAAUUAGUAGAUAAAAUAAGAUUCUGAGGUUAAUUAAAAAAAAUAACAAUUAAAAAGUAUCUUGAAUGCUGAGAAAAGGUUUUCAAUAACAUUGUUUUCAACAUAAAUGAAUUCCUAAAAUAUAACGUAUUUUAUAGUAUAUUUAAAGCCCUGUUCUUGGUGAAAUAAAUGGUUUAACAGCCCCAAUAAUAAGUGAUGUUAAUACUUAAAGAAAUAUAAUAAAUAGUUUUGGUAGGAAAACAUCCUAAAACUUUAAUAAAAUAAAGAAAAGAUAUCAUACUUUAGGAUAGAGAUUAGAAAAUGGAUCAAAUUUUGA